AUGGCUAUGGCCAUGGUCAUAUACUUUGAUGGUAAUGACGAUGGCAGUGGUAAUAAGUGUAUGCUUGUGCUUGUGUGUGUGUGGUGCGAGCCCGGCCUAGGAGCGAGCGUUAUGUACAAUCUACUCUAUAAUAAACCACAAAAAUUAAUGUUACUAGCUGGCUGCAGCACCGUCUGUACCACCGUCGCAGAGGCGGCAAAAAUGUGGAAUUUAAUAGUGCUUUGCUACGGUGCCUCGAGUCCGGCGCUUUCGGAUCGCAGUCGCUUCCCAACGCUAUUUCGUACACAUCCCUCCGCUACCGUACACAAUCCGACACGUAUAAAAUUAAUGAAAAAAUUCGGUUGGUCACGUGUGGCCAUACUGCAGCAGGCCGAGGAGGUCUUCAUAUCGACCGUUGAAGAUCUCGAAAAUCGUUGUAUGGAGGCUGGCGUCGAAAUCGUCACAAGACAAUCAUUUCUAUCCGAUCCAACAGAUGCGGUACGCAACCUACGUCGACAAGAUGCGCGCAUCAUAGUCGGCCUUUUCUAUGUUGUGGCGGCGAGGCGUGUCUUAUGCGAAAUGUACAAGCAGCAGCUAUAUGGGCGAGCGCAUGUGUGGUUUUUUAUAGGCUGGUACGAAGACAAUUGGUACGAGGUGAACUUGGAAAAUGAGGGCAUCACAUGCACCAAGGAGCAAAUGCGUAUCGCCGCCGAAGGACAUCUUACAACGGAAGCGCUUAUGUGGAAUCAGAACAAUCAAACGACAAUUUCCGGCAUGACAGCUGAGGAAUUUCGACAACGACUGAAUCAUGCACUCAUCGAAGAAGGCUACGACAUCAAUCACGAUCGCUAUCCGGAAGGCUAUCAGGAGGCACCGUUGGCCUACGAUGCUGUCUGGAGUGUGGCAUUGGCAUUCAAUAAAACAAUGGAACGCCUCAAGCAGCGACAGAAAUCGUUACGCGAUUUUACAUAUACGGACAAGGAAAUUGCCGAUGAAAUUUAUGCAGCCAUGAAUUCCACACAAUUCCUUGGCAUAUCGGGCGUCGUUGCCUUCAGCUCACAAGGCGAUCGUAUUGCCUUAACACAAAUCGAGCAAAUGGCGAAUGGGAAGUAUGAAAAAUUGGGUUACUAUGAUACGCAGCUGGAUAAUUUAACCUGGUUAAAUAUGGAGCAAUGGAGUGGAGGAAAGGUACCUCAGGAUCGCACAAUUGUACGACGCGUCUUACGCACAGUAUCGCUGCCAUUAUUUGUCUGUAUGUGUACAAUUUCAAGUUGUGGUAUAUUAGUAGCCUUAGCACUUAUUGUAUUCAACAUAUGGAAUAAGCAUAGAAGAGUAAUACAAUCAUCACAUCCUGUAUGUAAUACCAUAAUGUUAUUUGGUGUCAUCAUAUGUCUCGCAUCAGUCAUACUGUUGGGUAUGGAUGGGCGGUUUGUUAGUCCAGAGGAGUACCCGAAGAUAUGUCAAGCGCGCGCUUGGCUAUUAACCACCGGUUUUACAUUAGCCUAUGGUGCAAUGUUCAGCAAAGUCUGGCGUGUGCAUCGUUUUACAACAAAAGCGAAAACAGAUCCAAAAAAAAAAGUCGAACCAUGGAAGCUUUACACCAUGGUCUCCGGCCUGUUGUCUGUAGAUUUAGUUAUAUUACUCGCCUGGCAGAUUUUUGAUCCGCUGCAGCGUAUACUUGAAACAUUCCCACUCGAAGACCCCGUAUUGACAUCCGAUGAUAUUAAAAUACGUCCAGAAUUGGAGCACUGUGAAAGUCACCACAACUCAAUGUGGUUAAGCCUCGUUUACGGUUUUAAGGGCCUCAUACUCGUGUUUGGUCUCUUUCUUGCCUAUGAAACGCGUUCGAUUAAAGUAAAACAAAUCAACGAUUCCCGUUAUGUGGGCAUGAGCAUUUACAAUGUUGUUGUGCUGUGUUUGAUCACAGCACCUGUUGGUAUGGUCAUCGCAUCGCAGCAGGAUGCCUCUUUCGCAUUUGUUGCAUUGGCUGUGAUAUUCUGCUGUUUCCUAAGUAUGUUGCUGAUAUUUGUGCCAAAGGUCAUCGAGGUGAUACGACAUCCCAAAGACAAAGCCGAAUCAAAGUACAAUCCCGACUCGGCCAUAUCGAAAGAGGAUGAGGAGCGUUAUCAGAAAUUGGUUACCGAAAAUGAAGAAUUGCAACGACUGAUAUCACAGAAAGAGGAGAAAAUACGCAUUCUAAAGCAACGUCUACUCGAAUGGGAGGCCACGCACAAGGGCGGCGACAUGAACGGCACCAACGGCACCAAUGGCAUAUCCUUAGCGAUGGGCGUACAUCAGCCAGCAGCGAGCGUCAAUUCCUUAACCGGCGGUAUUGGUCCUGCGUUAAUGGGUGGCGGCACGACAGGCUCCGGUUCGGGUUCCACAAACAAUUCACUCAAUCUACAAGCAACGACGUCCUCCUCACAGCAUAACACACCUGCCGCCACAUUAGCGAUAACACAAGAUACCCAUGAUCAUCAUACAUGAAAAAACGUGUCAAUUUCCUUUUCGUGAUAGA